GGAAACUUUUGUAAAGUAAACUUUUGCUAAAGCAAACUCCGUGCUAUUAGUGCAGUUCAACGCCGCUUCGAUCACUACGAGCUCGAAUGAAAAACACAAAUACAUCAGCAUCAAUUACAACUAUACAACUAGCACGUGGCCUGGCCAAGACCAGAUGAUAGCAAAACAAAAGUUACUUACAUUUUCAAGUGUACCGAUUUUAUCUUCAGUUUCAGUUAUUAUAAGGAGGUAUUUUUUAAUGGUAUCGGAAUUUUAAGUCAUCAGUUCGUGACAACGAUUUUUUAAAUAGGGAGCUGAUAAUACAAGAAAGUACUGACGAGUUCUUGUGGUCAACAUUACGACCUGCAUUUAGUAAUUUGGUGUAUGUAAAAGUGUGAAAAAUUCAGAAAUAAGUCUAUAAUUAUUAAAAACUAUAUGCGCAUGUGACAAAUUAAAAUUUUAUUUCAAACUCGAGUAUUCGUGAAAAAUAAUGGAUUUCAAAAAACUUCAAGAAUUUAUGGAAUUAUUAGGUCGACUCAAGCACAUGCGGAGAACUGGAUGGGUCUUGCGAAAUAUCACAGAUUCUGAAUCGAUUGCCUCACAUAUGUAUCGUAUGGCUGUGCUAUCAUUUCUUGUGGACACUCAAGAAAAUUUAAAUAAACAAAGGAUAAUGCAAAUGGCACUGGUUCAUGAUCUCGCAGAGUGUAUCGUUGGUGACAUUACUCCUUACUGCGGAGUAUCAGCCGAAGAAAAACACAAAAGAGAAGACAAUGCUAUGAUGGAAAUUUGUCAAUUAUUAGGAAGUAAAGGAUCGGAAAUAUUAGAAAUUUUUCGGGAGUAUGAAUCUCAGGAAUCACCUGAAGCUAAAUAUGUAAAAGACUUAGAUCGUUUGGAUCUGAUUUCUCAAGCUUACGAGUAUGAAAAGCGUGAUGGUACUCCGGGAAAGUUAGAAGAAUUUUUCACAAGUACGGUGGAUAAAAUUAGCAAUCCAUUUUUGAAAAAGAUGGCUUCUGAAAUUACAUCUCAAAGGGAGGAAAGAUCCGAAAGCAGAGCAGAAGUGGAUAGUAGGGCUAGUGAUAUAGUAUAAAUACAUUUUCAAUCGUUAUCUUUUAUAUUUUCGAAGAUAACAAUAUGUUCGUUUUAACAUAAUCAUCUUCAGUAUUCAAUGUUAAUAAUAAGCCACAGAUUAUUAGUGUUCAACUUAAAUUAAUAUAUGACUUUUAAGAGUAAUUAACUGCGUAUCAAUUUUUAUGAAAGUGUUUUUUUAUAAUUAGUAAAAUUAAAUA